AUGCAGUCCUUCAAGACUGCAUCUUCUCUGUUUUAGGGAAAGUUCCCGGAUGCAGAUACAGCAGAGGAUGGAUUCCACGGCACUUCUCCUGUCACAGCAUUUCCUCCUCAGAACAGUUAUGGACUGUAUGAUAUGAUGGGAAACACGUGGGAGUGGACAUCCACUCGUUUCAAGUCAGCACAGACGAUGUACGUGCUGCGCGGCGCCUCCUGGAUUGACACGGUGGACGGUUCGGCCAAUCACAGAGCUCGGGUCACAACCAGGAUGGGCAACACCCCGGACUCUGCCUCUGAUAACCUCGGAUUCAGGUGUUCUGCAAACCAGGAACAAAAACAACACAAGAGGCAGGACAAGGCAGAGCUAUAGUUACUCAUACUGGUGACUACAAAUAAAUGGCUAAUUAUAAAGCAAUGCCUGCAAUGAAGGGUGCAAUGAAUGACGGAGGCAACAAAAACAAAUGAGGGCAGAUCUUUAAUGCCUCAUUAGAAGCCAAACUUCUUUUCUUGGUUUUUGGACAAGAUCCAGUUAGUGUCUAUGGAGACACUUAGAA